AUGAUGCGCGAGAAAAAAUCAAUGCACAACCGAUUAAAAAAAGAUCCAAAUCGAAAUCUUAAGAAGGAAUACAAUAGUUUACAUAACAGAUUUAAAGCAAGACACCGUGCGCUUCGUCUUCAGCAUGUUAACAAUGUGCAAGUUAAUUUGAAAAGUAAUCCUGAAAAGUUUUGGAGCUACGUCAAUCGGAAAAGAAAGGACAAGGGGACGCCUGUUAAUGUUACUUAUCAAGGGAGAAACUCGAGCGACAGUCAGCAAGCGACCGAUCUUUUCGCUACUUAUUUUAAAAAUGCUUACCGAAACGAGAACUUAGACCAGUUCGAACAUCUAUCAGUUCUUCCAAACAAUUUUGAACUGUCAGAAUUGUCACUGGAGGAAAUUAGUAACAAAAUCGAUAAACUUGAUGCAAAGAAAGGUUCGAGUCCAGACGGAAUUCCGAAUGAACUACUUAAAAUGUGGAAAUCAGGAUUAAUAUACCCCCUGCAUAUUUUAUUCAAUAAAUCCCUGCAACAUGGAUAUUUCACCGGCUGGUGGAAAAUUUCCCAUAUUGUUCCUAUUCACAAAAAGGGCAGUAAAUUGAAUGUAGAAAACUACCGUGGAAUAGCCAUUUUAUCAGCCAUUCCAAAGUUAUUUGAAUCCCUCGUUUAUGAUCGCCUUUAUCUACAUUAA